ACCUAAAUUGUUAAUGUGUGGUGUCUUAGGCAACGACCUGGCGCUGUUUAUAGCCAGCGGUAAAGACAACAUAACGCAUUAAUUACAGUUUUAUUACUUCUUUUAUCUUUAUUUUAACCGAACGACAGAAAGAUGGAGAGGUCUGAGGAAAAUCCAGCUGCCCAAAGGCAGGAGGCUGCAACGUGCUUCAAAGCUUUCCUGUUGAAGAACAGCACAAAAACAAACAUUAACCUCUACGAUCAUCUGGUUCGCCUGCUAACCAGAGUGAUGGACGAGCGACCAGAGAACGCGGUAGAUGUGAUUGAAGAUCUGAGUCUGGAGGUUAAGCGUAGCAUGUGGCAGGACAAGCAGAGCACGCUGCGGGAAGCAGAGCACACAACAUCAUCUGAGCUGCUGGCCGAGCGACAGAGAGCACUGUUUAACCAUGGGGACGAGAAAGAACAUGAAGAGUUGGAGACACCCCUGCCCAAUUUGGCCGAGAUUAACUUCUUUCUGGAGCAGAUUGGGGUUGGUCUGGGACGGGAAGAGAUGCACAGGAUCCAUCUGUCCCUGAAGCAGCUAGUAGACAUUCAGCCCCUGCAACGCUGCCGAUUCUGGGGCAAAAUCCUGGGUAUUGAAGGGAACUACAUAGUGGCUGAAGUUGAAUUCAGGGAUGGAGAUAAUGAAGAAGAAGAGGAAGAAGAAGAAGAAGAAGAGGAAGGGCAAGAAUACAACGCUCAUGAAGAGGAUGAGCUAGAUCCUGUCCCCAAAUCAAGCUACAAACAACCUGCCCCAGUCCCAAAAGAACCUCGUCGCUCCGGCACCAACAAGUUCACCUAUUUUGUGUGCAGUGAGCCGGGCUUGCCCUGGGUCCGCCUUCCUGACAUCACUCCAGCUCAGAUCACAGCUGCGCGACAAAUUCGUAAGUUCUUAACUGGGCGCCUGGACACGCCCAUCGUGAGCUAUCCGCCAUUCCCUGGUAAUGAAGCCAACUACCUGCGUGCCCAGAUUGCCCGCAUCUCAGCAGGCACCCAGGUCAGUCCACUGGGUUUCUAUCAGUUCAGGGAGGAGGAGGGUGAAGAGGAGGAAGAGGGAGCGCGAGACAGUGUCGAGGAGAACCUGGACUUCGAGGGUAUCCCGGUGCAAGACAUGGCCGAUUCGCUGUCGGCGUGGGUUCACCACACCCAGCACAUUCUCAUGCAGGGUCGUUGUGUGUGGGUCAAUCUGGCUGAAAAUUUAGAUAAUGUCCGUGACGAAGAUGCAGAGGAAGAGGAGAAGGAAGAAGAGCCUGAUGAGCCCGAGCCUGAGAUUGGUCCGCCGCUUCUCACACCACUGUCAGAGGAUGCAGAGGUUAAUAAUACUGCUCCCUGGAGUCCCAGGAUCUCUUCAAAUCUAAUCUCCCAGUACGCCGUUGCUUAUGUGCGCUCCAACUUGUGGCCUGGAGCCUAUGCGUAUGCGUGUGGCAAGAAAUUCGAGAACAUUUACAUUGGCUGGGGGCUGAAGUACUUGGGUGAGGCCUUUACCCCAGCACUGCCUCAUCCUCCAGAGCCCGAGUACCCCAGUGGCCCCGAGAUUUCAGAGGCACUGGACCCCAGUCUGCAGGAGGAAGAGGCUCUGAAGGAAGCACAUGAGGAAAAGCAGGCUGCGCUGGAGGACAACGAUGCAGAGGAAGAGGAAGAAGAGGAGGAAGAUUAAAACUAAAUGACACACAGUGAACCGACAUCAUUAACUGUUAUUAUACAAUGGUCGAUUCCUAUUGGCCAAAUGACCAAUUGUUUAAUGACCAAUUAGGUUACAACCAAUAAAGUAACGGAUUUAUUACAAAA